UCAGCGGAAUUGUAGGCUACGGAGUACACAGGUGGCCCGGGCGCGGUUAAUUAUGAAGGCCUAUUUCAAUUUGGUUUAUCUAACAUAAUGUAAUAACUUCACAUGUUCAAAAUGUAUUUGUUUUAGGCUAUGUCUAGACUGUCUGACUGACAUCUGCAUGGAAAUAACGCUCGUUGUUAAUGAACUUGCUGAGUGACGUUUUUUUCUGGCACCCUUCUGCCUAUAGCUGCGCUAUUUAGCGCUGCUUUUGACUAUGGAGAUACCGGUAGGAUUAGGAGGAGUUUGUGACUCCCCUAAUACAGUUUUUCGAGGAUCUUAUCCAAACCUUUUCCACAACGUGCAAGUUGCCCGGCAGACUAACACUGUAGUCUCUGAAAGACUGGACUUCUCAAGCGCAAAGUGCAGUUUCUUGCAACAAAUACACACGCGGGAAAUGCGCCAAACGAACAGUCAGUCUUCCCGUGAAGGAACAUGCUCUGGGACUGCGUAUGUGUCUAAUUAUGAAGUUACGGCGAAACUGAGAAGUGCUCAUAGGACUAUCGACGUCGGGGUGAGUCGUAUUAAUGUUGCUAAAAACCCAACUGACAUAGACAAAAAGUGGUCGUAUAUCGUUGGCGAAACUGACGGCAGGGAGUUUGCUACCUGUCAAUCUAAUUCACAGUCAUUUAACACAGACCUCAACUCCUGUGCACCAUUUUCGCCUUGUCACACACACAAGUUAGGUCCUGACGGGGACGCAUAUUUGGCAAACAGUUCUCCUGGUUUUACCAGCACCAGUAUCUCAGAAACCGCAAGAGAGCUGUGCAACGCUGUCUCCGUCUCACUGGGGUUGGCCUUGGAGUCGAACGAAGUGAGCGACCAGGGAAGCCCUGCACCGACGUUCUCGAGUGGCCAAAGUGAAAGCAACUUGUUUGAGGUGCCGUUACUGGACAGUGGGACUGAAGGUGGAUCCGUAUGCGCACCCAUGAAAGAAUACAGAAAUCCUGCGAGAGACGAUCAAAUACUCGGGAUGUUUAAAAGUAGACCUACAAAUGUGAACUAUUUGACAGGGGGAGUGGAGAACUUGCAUGACCUCACACCCCCUCGUGUGAGUCAGUCGGAAGAGUUCGGGCUGAACACAACAUGCACGGCCUUAACUAAAGAUUCAACUCUGAUCAUGGCUAAUCCUUGUUAUCAGUUUGACCAGCUGUUGCCCACCAACUUGACAAACUUCAGUUCCGCCAAACCACUGCCAGCACAAUCAGCGAGCAGCCCGCCCCAUACCGUCAACAAGUCUUCAGUCUACCGUAGUGAUGUUGCAGAGACAGCGGAGGAGAAAUAUUACUCAAAUCAUUGCAACAAGAAAAUCAAGUCCGAAGCAACGAAUGAUGAAGUCACAGAAGUAUGGGGGUACCCGUACCGGUAUGCCGAGAACGGACCUUAUCGACAGACCAUGCACCCUUAUUGCUCUGGCGCACAGCCCGCCUUCAUACCUAAACCAUAUGACUAUGCUAGUGGUGGACUGAUGGCUCGAGAAAGGACGACUUCAGAACAGUGGUACGCGAGUGGGAUGCUGUCCCGUAUGUCUUUUCCAACAUCUGGAUGCGUGAAAAAUGAAGUUGGACAGUGGCUGGACAUGUCAUCAUACACCGACGGCAGGUUUGAUGGAGGGCGCGAGCACAUGUUUCCCAUGGAGUUUUUUUUCCCGCCCAACCGUACCUGUCUCAUUUGCUCCGACGAGGCGUCUGGAUGCCAUUACGGAGCUCUCACUUGUGGCAGCUGCAAGGUGUUCUUCAAGAGAGCAGCAGAAGGUAAACAGAAGUACCUCUGUGCGAGCAGAAAUGACUGCACCAUCGACAAGCUGAGGAGGAAGAACUGUCCAUCCUGUCGCCUGAGGAGAUGCUUCGAGGCAGGCAUGAGUCUUGGAGCGCGCAAGCUGAAGAAGAUUGGCCAGGUGAGGGCCCCGGAGGAGGAGGACGCGGUGGCGCAGGUCCCCACCGUUGAGGCGCCCAGGAUGGUCUCCCCCAAGCCCACGCUGUCCUUCCACUCCCAGCUGGUCUUCCUGAACAUCCUGCACUCCAUCGAGCCAGAGGUGGUGAACGCUGGCCACGACCACAGCCAGCCCGACUCGGCCGGCGCCCUGCUCUCCAGCCUCAACGAGCUCGGCGAGAGGCACCUCGUCAAGGUGGUCAAGUGGGCCAAGGGACUUCCAGGGUUUCGUAAUCUACACGUCGACGACCAGAUGACGGUGAUACAGCAUGCUUGGAUGGGAGUGAUGGUCUUCGCCAUGGGGUGGAGAUCCUUCAAGAACGUCAAUGCCAAGAUGCUCUACUUCGCCCCUGACCUCAUCUUCAAUGAGCAGAGAAUGCUUAUCUCAAGCAUGUACGAGCAGUGCGUGCAGAUGAAGCACUUCUCCCAGGAGUUUGCGCUCCUGCAGGUGACUGAGGAGGAGUUCCUCUGCAUGAAGGCCCUCGUCCUCUUCAGCAUCAUUCCAACAGAAGGUCUAAAGACUCAGAAGUAUUUUGACGAAUUGCGUUUAACCUACAUCAAUGAGCUGAAUCGCUUGAUAAGUGUCGCCAGGAAGACUAACUGUGCCCAACGCUUCAACCAGCUCACCCAACUCAUGGACUCCCUGCAACCGAUUGUCAGGAAGCUUCACCAGUUCACCUUUGACCUCUUCGUCAGGGCACAGUCCCUGACCUCAAAGGUAAACUUUCCUGAGAUGAUGGCUGAGAUCGUCUCGGUGCAGGUGCCAAAGAUCCUGGCAGGCCUGGCCAGGCCUAUCCUCUUCCACGAACCGUAGGGUCUCGGACCACUCACAACCAACGGUCACAGCCAGUAUGAGCCAAUCAUGCACUGUUCAAACGCCUGUUGGGGUCGGCUGCCUGGAGAGAGCACUACGAGCUCAGUGACAGAGAUUCAGACACGCACACACACACGCACACACACACACACUCUAGCACACACACACACACACACACACACACACACACACACAC